AUGAAUCCUCGGAACUCUUCUCAUGAACAAAAAGUUAAUAAAGAAAAUCUGAAGUGUAGCCAGAGCCAGCGGACUAUUCCUAGUACAUUUUCUAUGAAUGAUUUUAAAAUUGGGCGACAGAUCGGCAAGGGUAAAUAUGGUCGCGUAUAUCUGGCGAUUUAUAAGGCAAGUGGGUAUGUCGUCGCACUGAAAAUUCUGCUAAAACAAGAGUUACAACAUGAAAAACUCUUGAAACAAUUGGAGCGAGAGGUUGGAAUUCAGGGCAAUCUUGAUCACCCUAAUAUCCUCAAACUUUAUGGCUAUUUUCAAGAUGAUAAAUAUAUUUUCAUGAUUUUGGAAUUUGCACAAUAUGGAACGUUAUAUGAUUUUCUCAAACAAUCAGAUCGUAUUACUGAGGGACGAUCGGCACGGAUAGCCAGAGCUCUGCAAUUCAUUCAUCAGAAGCACAUUAUUCAUCGAGACAUUAAGCCUGAGAAUUUGUUAAUUGGACGAAAUGGUGUGAUCAAACUAGCUGAUUUCGGAUGUACCCCGCUUACAACAGUUUGUGGAACUUUGGAUUAUCUUGCUCCAGAAAUGGUGCGACACCUUCCAUAUAAUGAAAAUGUCGACGUGUGGGCUCUUGGAGUACUGUGUUACGAGUUGUUAGUUGGUGUACCACCGUUUGAAGCGAUAGGUUUUCAUGAAACUUGUCGACGAAUAAUGUGUGAUGAUGUAAAUAUUCCUGAUCACGUGUCAAGUGAAGCUAGGAACUUCAUUUUAAUGGUUCUUCAAAAAAUUCCGUUCUGUCGCCCAUCUUUGAAAGAUAUUCUGAAUCAUCCUUGGAUUCGUAUGCACAAUAGCAUGACAAUACCUUCAUCUUCGAGUAAACCACGAGUUAACAUUAAUAGACACACUUUUAAUAAUGCACUGUCUGAAAUUCGGUACAAUACUUUUUGA